UAACAAUAAUUAUAAAUCAAGUCCAGUUCCUGAUGCACUUUAAAAACCCCUUUUGAUUAUCUAUUUUCUUGCUGUGUAGUGGCACAUUGCCGAGAUCUAUCCAUGCCGCACUUUGCAUACAUAUUUCGUGUUUAAUUAUAAUUUUUUUUAGUUUUUAAUUCGGGGCUCUGUUAAUGAGCGCGCUCCACUUGGGCCGCCGGCGAUCUUGUUUGGGAGGCGCGUGCCGCACCACGACUCCGAGACACCGAGACACCGCGACACCGCACUUUGGGUGGAUUGCCACAUCCCAGUCAGAUUGAAUCCGCGAUCUGGUGUCUGGUAAUAAGUGGAGUGCUUGUAUAUAAGCAGCCUAGGACUACCCAGAUUAAUUACUUCGAUUCCGAUCUCUGUCGAGUGCAAAUCAGUUCUUAGAAGCGUCCAAAGGAGACAUGGUGGGAAAAAUGAGCUACUUGGUGUGCCUGUUCCUGGUCGGAGCUGCUUGGGCCAUUGAACUGCAACCGGAGCCGGACUACGGACCAGUGGCCUACGAGUUCCAGUGGGCGGUCAACGACCCCCACACCGGCGACAUCAAGAGCCAGAAGGAGACCCGCAAGGACGACAAGGUCGAGGGCGUCUACGAGCUGAUCGAUUCCGAUGGCUACCGGCGCAUUGUCCAGUACAAGGCCGACGACCACAACGGAUUUGAGGCAAUCGUUCAGCGAGAGCCCACGGACAUUAAGAUUCCCCUGCCGGAGCCACCCAAGAAGGUGCUGGCCGCCAAGAUUCUGACUCCGAUAGUGCCCGUGGCUCCGCUCGUCCACUACGCUGCUCCCAAGGCCAUUAUCAAACAGGAGCUCUCCACGGGCAACUAUGUCUCGGUUUCUGGACCCACAGCCUCGUACAAGUACUAAGCUCGAGUAAACACAUCCAACACACAGCACACAUGAUGUCAGCCAUGCUAUCCCCGCUUUAAUAAGGAUUCAUUCAUUGCCAUAUAUCAUUAUUAAAUUAUAAUCUUUCCAUUGAUUGUAUAUACAGCAUAGAUAAGCAUAUUUAAUUAUAAAGAUGCAUCACAUUCAAUAUGUUCGAUAGAAGAGCACAAAAAAUGAUUCA